ACAAUUUCACACAAAGAAGAACAAGAAAAGACAACUUCGCAGCAGCAAGAAAAUAAAUAAAUAAAAAUAAAUAUUUGGGCAUCCAUAAUGGAAAAGAGCAAAUCGACUACGGACAAGUUGGCCGAGCGUAAGGCGCGCCUACUCGAACUGCACAAACAGCGCCAGGAGGCGCGCACCCAGAACCACCAGGAAGUCGUCGCCGAAGACGCACGCAAAAAGCUGCCCAGCAAUUGGGAGGCACGAAAACGACAAGCAGAAUGGCUGCUGGCCGAUGAUAAGGCACGCGAGGAGGCCCAAUCUGCUGGCAAGGAUUAUGAGCGCCUAAAGUUGCUGGAGGUCUCAGCCAUCGAUGCGGAACGUAUCGAGAAGAAGAAGAAGCGCAAGGAUAAUCCCGAUUUGGGCUUCUCCACGUACGAGGCGCAAACAGCGAGACAAUACAAUCGACUAGUGAAGACCAUGCCCGCUCGCGAUAUGGUCAAGUAUGAGAAACAAAAGGCUGAGUUGGGAGACGCUUUCUAUGGCGGCCCCAAUACGACGCUGCACUCAAGGACGAAGGACACACCGGGCGCCAUUAAUGCCAUGGUUAAGGAUCUGGAUCAGCAAAUCGAGCGUAGGAAGAAAUAUUCCAGGCGUCGCAUCUAUAAUGAUGAUGCCGAUGUUGAUUUUAUCAACGAACGCAACUCGAAAUUCAACAAGAAAUUGGAUCGCUUCUACGGCGAGCAUACGGCGGAGAUCAAACAAAAUCUGGAGCGUGGCACAGCAAUCUAAAUUUAAUUAGAUUUUUAUCCAAAUAACCCAUAGUUUUUAAGUGCAUUGUGUACCUCACAUUUAUAUGUACAUUGUUUCUAUAAGGCCAUCAAUUUCAAUUUAAUAUGAAAAUGCAAAUAAACAAAAAAUAUUGC